GUUAGCAGGGCUUUUGGAUGUUGAUCAGGAAUCACUGAAAUUAUGCACAGACAUCCCUAAAGGUGACAUGCUCAAGGAGAAUGCGUCUUGUGGAAGCGUGCUUUUAGGGUUGUCGGCGUAUGCCAACUGCAGAGUGAACAUUUUUCACAAAAACGAUCGACACGGAUGGAAUCAUGUUUUGCAUUCUGUGACAAUGGCCUGUCUGGAAACGUUGGCAUCUUGGCCGCAGAAUCAUGUUCAUCGGGAGGAAUUAUGUGAAGGCCUUUGUGUACCACACGCUAUCCUUGGGACGGCUAUUGAUUUCGCGCGCACUGAGUUUAAUGGAGAUGGUCUUCUCCUGAAGAGUGUUGUGUCCCUAUUAGACUUGAUUUUCUCACGUCAUCGCAGUAAUCCUUCAUCGGUUGAGCGCUUACAACAGGUGAGCACUGAUCCUUCCAGUGCUCUGACACCAGCUGUUCGCCGGGCAUCUGCACCAAAUAACGUUGCAGAAGGCUGCGAAGUGAAGGACACUACAGCUCAGUUUCUUCUCCCGCCACUGGCAACUCCCCUACACGAACGAAGCAUUCCCUUUGUAGAUGACUCAAACUUUUUCUGCUCCAUCAGUUCCAGGAGAGUUUUUUCAUCCGUCCGUGUUCCUUCGAAUCCACCGAACAAUGAUUUAGGUAUGCUGUCAGAUGACGUAUAUCACCCUUUUUCGCCCAUCUUUCAACGUCGCAGAACUUGUGCUCGGGCAGAGUUGAUCGAACACUCGACACCAACGAGAUGUCUUCCACGAGAUGAUGCUCCCACGUCUCUCUCCGGGCCACUGACCCACAAUCAACUGAGCACAAAUGAUCUCCCCUCUUUGAAUACAAUCGCUGAUUUGGUGGGAUCCUGUAAGAUUGGUCCAACCAAUGGUUCAUUAGAUGCCGGUGAUAAUCGAUGUCGAUCAACCACAUGUCCAACCGUAUCUCGAUAUCCUGCGUCUGAUUACCAACAAGAAAAUCUUAUUGGAACUCAUCCACUUUCCAGUGGUACGUCUGCUGCAGAGUCACGGACCCAACUGUUAUCUGCGGAUCCGGACGACCUGAUACUAGCUAGUCAGUUGGCCUUAUUAUUCCUACCACCGUUGAUCUAUACUCGUUUACAAGUACUGGUCCACCUGUUGCGACGAGUCUUGGACAAUCACGUCAAUGUGGCUGUAGCGCUUUCCCCCUCUGGCGCAAACAGAGCGAAUCAUGAGCAUUCAAACACGUAUGACUUCGUGUUAAACACUUUGGCGAAACUCUCCGCUCCAGUGUUGUUCCCGUCAUUGAGCGUGACUGAUGGGGUAGGCAUCAACAUGGAUGAGUGUCAUUGGACCGAACAGCUUGCAAUACUUUUGCUCUCUGAUCAUCAGAACCUAGUUUUCAAACUUCCCUUGACUAUACUCAGCUCCGUGAAACCUCCGAUGGACAGGAACGGAGUGACCUCUCUUCCCUCGUCCCCGUUGGAUAAAUGUCUCUCCUCCCUCAAGUAUGUUCACAACAGCGAGUCCAUCUCGCGGGUGUUGAGGUCCGCUCCGUGCUUCGGGAACAGCUCUCGGUCAGCUAGUCUUUCAGUAUUACCUGCUACUGCAAGGUUGUUGCAGAAUGGUGUCCCCAAAUGCAUACCAUCGAUUGUCUUAGCAAGCCAGGAAUCUUCACAUAUCGGUUCUGGUCAGAUAUCCACUGGCUGGCUUGCUUCCACGCCAAAAUGCACUGAUUUCAAGGAAUUGGAUUCUCGACUUCCACACUACCAGAGCCCCAACCGUACUUUGUCACAAAGCUGUCACUACUCUUUAACGGAUAUCCAUUCGUCUGGUAGUACCACCCAGCGACGCUCCUGUACUGGGCCAGAUCAUGAGUGGCCUGGCUCUUCUGCUUCAGAAACUACUGGUUUGCAGGUUGAUUUUGACCCCGAACGUUUGGCCCUAUUAAACAACGCCGUGCACCUAAUGAAGCUACUGAAUCAGAUAAUCAACGAUCGUCAAAUGGAUGCACGAAGAAAAAUGAAGUGCUUGCUGGAUUUCCGUAAGGUGCACCCGGACAUAUUCUGGCUGCGUUUUCGUGACCAACAAACUGCUUCUUACUACCUGAACCGCUUGCAACGACGAAUCGAUGCUCAGCCCCAGCCGACAAUCUUAGAAAAGAUCACAAACGCCUUCCGACGUCGCCAAAAGAUCACAAACGCCUUCCGACGUCGCCGUCAGAGUCCAUCUAAAGAGUACCCAUCAUCCAAACCGUCUACUUCUAGCCUGUA